AACGUCACAACCGGUUUUGCAGUAUCAGUAUACAACGCUUUUUAUAUUAAAUAGUAUACAACGAAACAUCAUACUACUUAAUAUAAACCUGAUUAACGAAUACUAAUUUAAAUAACUGUGCUGCGUCAUGUCACAUUAGGUUAUAUUUACAUUCAGAUAAGUAUUUGAUUUUGCUAGUGUCGUGUUUUUCUUAACGCCUUAUAAUGUUUAGGUCAAGGCAUUUACUUAACGCAGCUGUUAAGAAGCAGACCGAAAGUGCAGUGGCAAUUACAAAUAAUAUUUUAAGAAUUAAAUUGAAUACUUCUGCUGCAGUUAUGACAGACAAAUUCCGACUCCCAGCCCGCUACGGUGCCGGCGAAAAAAGUGUGUGGGUUGAAUAUAUUCAGCUGGCAGCAGAUUACAAGCCAGCGGUGAACCUUGGGCAAGGGUUUCCAGAUUACCAUGCACCCAAACAUGUCACUAAAGCCUUGGCUGAUAUUGCUACAAGUGACAAUCCUCUACUGAUGCAAUAUACAAGAGGAUUUGGACAUCCGAGAUUGGUUCAGAACUUAUCUAAAGUUUAUUCUCCAUUAAUAGGCAGAGAAUUAGAUCCAUUCAAUGAGAUUCUUGUCACCAGUGGUGCUUAUGAAGCUCUUUACUCAGCUAUAUUGGGCCAUGUAGAUACUGGUGAUGAAGUUAUUGUGAUAGAACCAUUCUUUGAUUGCUAUGAUUUUAUGAUAAAAUGUGCUGGAGGGAUUCCCAAAUUCAUUGCCCUGAAACCAAAAACGAACAAGGAAAAUAUGACGUCAGCAGAUUGGGUACUUGAUGAGAAAGAACUCAGUUCCCUGUUCACAAAUAAGACUAAAAUGUUAAUACUGAACACUCCGCACAAUCCCUUAGGUAAAGUGUUUACAAAGGAGGAACUCGAACUCAUUGCAAAUCUAUGCAAGAAACACAAUGUUCUAUGUGUAUCCGAUGAAGUCUAUGAAUGGAUGGUAUAUGAACCUAACAAGCAUAUUAGAAUUGCAACACUGCCAGAUAUGUGGGAAAGGACGAUUACUAUUGGGUCUGCGGGCAAGACAUUUUCAGUGACGGGCUGGAAGAUCGGCUGGGCGUACUGCCCUGCUAACCUCAUGAGGAACCUGCAAGUUGUGCACCAGAACUGUGUGUAUACCUGCCCUACGCCUACACAGGAAGCGGUAGCACGUUCGUUUGAAAUAGAAUUAUCACGUAUCAAUUCUCCGGAAUGCUAUUUCUACUCUCUGGCUCGCGAACUGCUGCCCAAGAGGGACUUCCUCGUCAGGACCCUCAAGGAGAACGGCUUCAACCCCACCAUACCCGAUGGAGGAUACUUCAUUGUUGCUGAUUGGACCAACCUAGGUAAAAAAAUCGAUUUAUCUAGUGAACAGGAUAAAUACAAAGAUUAUAGGUUCACAAAGAAGUUUGCGAAGGAGGCGGGCGUGCUGGCCAUCCCGCCCAGCGCGUUCUACUCGGAACAACACAAGACGCUGGGAGAGGACUUCGCCAGGUUCUGCUUUAUUAAGAAAGAUGAAAAUCUGGCCCUGACGGAAAAACUGCUUAAGACUUGGAACGCAUCGAAGUAAACUAAUUAA